AUGUCUAUCCCACCCUCUUUAUAUCUCUCUAUGUCUCUUCCUAUCUAUCGCAACCUCUUGACAAACAGGCUUGAGGCAAAAGAAGGCGAACUAGAGACAUCAAAAUCAAAGAAGUACGAGGAUUUAUAUCGAUCUCACUCUCACUCUCUCUCAUGGUCUUUAUAUCUCUCUCUCUCUCUCAUGGAAUAUCUCUAUUUUUUGGUCUUUAUAUCUCUCUCUCAUGGUCUUUUAUCUCUCUCUCUCUCUCUUGGUCUUUAUAUCUCUCUCUCUCUCUCUCUUAGGAAUUAUCUCUCUCUCUCUCUCUCAUGGUCUUUAUAUCUCUCUCUCUCUCUCAUGGUCUUUAUAUCUCUCUCUCUCUCUCAUGAAUUUUAUCUCUCUCUCUCUCUCUCAUGGUCUUUAUAUCUCUCUCUCUCUCUCAUGGUCUUUAUAUCUCUCUCUCAAAAUGGUCUUUAUAUCUCUCUCUCUCCUUCUCUCUCAUGGUCUUUAUAUCUCUCUCUCUCUCAUGGUCUUUAUAUCUCUCUCUCCUUCUCUCUCAUGGUCUUUAUAUCUCUCUCUCCUUCUCUCUCAUGGUCUUUAUAUCUCACUCUCCUUCUCUCUCUCCUUCUCUCUCACUCUCCUUCUCUCUCUCCUUCUCUCUCAUGGUCUUUAUAUCUCACUCUCCUUCUCUCUCUCUCUCAUGGUCUUUAUAUCUCUCCUUCUCUCUCUCUCUCUCAUGGUCUUUUCUCUCACUCUCCUUCUCUCUCUCUCUCUCAUGGUCUUUAUAUCUCACUCUCCUUCUCUCUCUCUCUCUCAUGGUCUUUAUAUCUCACUCUCCUUCUCUCUCUCUCUCUCAUGGUCUUUAUAUCUCACUCUCCUUCUCUCUCUCUCUCUCAUGGUCUUUAUAUCUCACUCUCCUUCUCUCUCUCUCUCAUGGUCUUUAUAUCUCACUCUCCUUCUCUCUCUCAUGGUCUUUAUAUCUCUCUCCUUCUCUCUCUCUCUCAUGUUGAUAUUAUUAUUAUUCUAUAUCAUUCUGUCUUUUUAAUCACUCAUUCAUUCUCUUCCUAUCUACCACAUUCUCUCUCUCUCUCUAUCAUUUCAUUCUCUAUUUCACUCUAUGUCCUCAUAUCUAUCUAA